UUUUCUUAACCAAAGGCAAAUAAGCCCGCAUUCCAAAGCUGGAAUAAAGAAAACCUAGCUGGACCCCUCUUUUGUGAAACACCCAAAACUCUAGCGAUGGAUCUUUCAUAGAUUUCCCUCAGAUCUCCUUCUCUCUGAAAAAGAAAAUUGGUAUUUUUUUUUUCUCGUUUUGUGAAUUGGAUUGGUUAUAGAAAAGAAGUAAGGCUAUGUCAACCCCAGCAAGGAAGAGGCUGAUGAGAGACUUCAAGAGGCUACAGCAGGAUCCACCUGCUGGUAUUAGUGGUGCUCCUCAAGAUAAUAAUAUCAUGCUUUGGAACGCUGUCAUUUUUGGGCCUGAUGAUACUCCUUGGGAUGGAGGUACGUUCAAGUUGACUUUGCAGUUUACUGAGGAUUAUCCAAAUAAGCCUCCAACUGUCCGUUUCGUCUCACGAAUGUUUCAUCCAAAUAUCUAUGCAGAUGGGAGUAUUUGUCUGGAUAUUUUACAAAAUCAGUGGAGUCCCAUAUAUGAUGUUGCAGCUAUACUCACCUCUAUCCAGUCUCUGCUUUGUGAUCCAAACCCAAACUCUCCAGCAAACUCUGAAGCUGCUCGCAUGUUUAGUGAGAAUAAGCGGGAGUACAAUCGAAGAGUGCGUGAAAUUGUGGAGCAAAGCUGGACUGCUGAUUAAGUGCAGUGUUAGCGACAGUAACCUGCAUCAUUCUGUGGAAAUAACAAAUGCUGGUGUUAGUGCUGGUGCUAGCCAAAGCAUCUUGUUGGGGAGUGGAUUAUAUAGUCUGGUUUUGAGUGCAUUGUUUGGGGUGAUUUCUUUGAAUGACUUGAUUGCUGCCUCUUAGACAGCUCUGGUUUUUACUGGUUUCUUGAUGUUGAAUCCUAUUCUUUCCUCAUCUUUUCUGUGAUGUAACUGAAUAUCUCCUUUUAGCGUCUGUAUAUGAGUAUCUUUCUAGUACUAAUGUUCUAGGCAAGAGAAUUCUUGCCUUAUUUCCAAAUUGGAGGAGCUUUUCAUUGUAGUUGAAUUAGUGAGAUAUUCAAACAAUAUGAAUGGCUGCUAGGAACUACUAUUUUCUUUACA